AUGGCAGCUGUCAUCGAAGAUCUUGUGCGGAAGGAGUCCCAUCGGCAGAUGGCAAAAGUCUAUGAAUCUUUGGGUUUGUCACGGAUGCUUUGGCCGAACAGCACAUCAGGAAACAUAUACGACAUGUACCUCAUCGUCGUGCUCACAGCAAGGAAUUUGACCAUGGCAGAGCCACAGAAGAACAGGCGGCGCCUGGUAGCAUUUCAGCAGCGCUUCGCUGGUUACGCUGAAAUGCAUGGUUGGCUUCAGGAUCUAGGGACGAGGUACACUCUUCCAGACAUCGAAGAGCAUGGUGGCAUCAGCUUCUCUGUCAUGAGUCGGGUGGCUGAAGCGUUUGGCGAUGAAUUUCCCCACUUCAAUGACAAGGAGUGCAAUGACUUGAAGACCACUUUGAUGAAGAUGGAGGGUGGCAGUCGCAAACCAGGCAGAAUUCCAUUGUCCGACUUCUACAACAGCAGCAGGUACAGACACUGGAAGUUUACUGAGAAUCCAGAGUACCUGCGUGACCUGGGGGCGUUGGAUGAAUCCGAUGCACAGCGGAAAUAUGUCAUCUUGGCAAAUUACAUCAGCAGUUUCAACAAUUGCAUUCGCGCUGAUGGCCUUUAUGCAAUUUGCUGCCAAAGCCCUUGUGAGCGACUCAUGCACACACUUGAAGAACAGGUGGCUGCACCUGCGGCAGACUCUGCAACUCUAGCAGCGCUAGUUGCAAACCUCUCCACGGACACGGUGCCUGUCAGAGACAAAUUGGACACCAAAUUGCUGGAGCGUUUGGAUGGCAUAGCAGAGCAGAGUGGACAAAGCAAACUAGUACCACUUCAUGGCCGUCUCUUUGCUUUGUGGAUGCAUCACGCCUUUCCUCGCGAAUGUCCAUAUCCGCAUAAGGUGGGUACCACAAAUCCUCAAACACCAGAUGAGUGGAUGAAGAGCAAUGGGCGUAGCACGCAAGUCUCGCAGGAACAGAUUGCGAGAAUAGUGCAAGAUUCCUGUCCGGCUGGGAUCUGGGAGGAUUUGCCAUCUCAUUGUGAGAUAGAAAACGAUGAGCUUCCAUGGAGCAAUUAUGAAGAUCGAGAGACACUUUUGAGCAGCUCGCUCCAUGAUUUCCGAGGUUCGAUUCUGAGAUCUAAACCUGAAGGGAAUUGA